AUGGUUGCUGUGGAGCUUACAAAAGGACACGGCGCCGUGGGCUUGGCCGCGCUCGGGGCCGUGAUCCUGCACAACUACUUCGGUGCCUGUGUGAUGAAGGCCCGCAAGCAGUACAAGGUCACGUACCCCAAGAUGUACGCCGAGGGCGACUCCGCGGAAGCCAAGGCGUUCAACUCGGUGCAGCGCGGGCACAUGAACUACGUCGAGAACCUCCCGCAGUACAUCAUCCUGCAGGUCGCGUCGUCGUUCCAGUAUCCGAUGGCGUCCGCGGUCCUCGGCGGCACGUACCUCCUCGGGCGGUUGCUCUACUUCCAGGGAUACUCCAAGACGGGGCCCAAGGGACGCGAGGCCGGCGCCGUCGUGGGGGUCAUCGCGAACCUCGGCAUGCUCGGGCUCGGCGUGAAGUUCUGCUACGACCUGCUCGUCAAGUCCUGA